UCUUUUCUCCAUCUCUUACCCUUAAUUCUUCCCCCCUCCCAAUAAUCAAACAUCCAACUGUACAACUGUGUACAUGUCAUGGCGCCAAGGGUCAGGACGACGGCGGCCUCCGCUGGCGGUGAUAAUGAAAUGCACUUUCGUGGGGUGAGGAAGAGGCCUUGGGGCAGGUACGCCGCCGAGAUCAGGGAUCCCGGCAAGAAGAGCCGCGUUUGGCUUGGGACAUUCGACACAGCGGAGGAGGCUGCCAGAGCCUACGACAACGCCGCCCGCCAAUUCCGUGGCCCCAAGGCUAAAACUAACUUUCCUCCUCCAGAUUCGGACGUCAAGAAAGCCGCCGCAGAUGGUUUGGUCAACAAUCGCAGCCCAAGCCAGAGCAGUUCGGUGGAGUCCUCCAGCCGGGAGACAUUUCCUCCGGUGGCGGUGGCGGUGGCGGUGCCGGAUUCCACACUAUUGGACCUCACUCUCGGCCGGCGGCGGAUGAGAUUUCCCUUCCAGAAUAACCACAACCAACGCCCCGCCGCAGCCGUCGCGGCAUCCUCCGCCGGUGGAUUGGUCAGGAUCAUGCCGAUGCAGAACACGAUGCUUCACCUUCGGCCCGAGUCGCGGCAAGAAAUCAUAGAGCUAAUGAACAAACUGCGACGCGUGCCCGCAGAAUUCCAUGGCGGCAGUGCGGCGCAGAGCGAGUCCGACUCAUCAUCCGCCGUCGUCGACCUGCCCAAAUCGCCGCUCAGCAAAGGCAUCAAUCUGGAUCUCAACCUCCCUCCGCCAGAAAAUCUUUGAGCUUCGGCCCCAGAAUCUCUCCAUCAUAAUUAACUAUAAAUUAAUUAAUAUUUUUAUUUCUUUUUGUCAAAACCCAGAGGCGAAAAGAAAAAAAAAAAAGAAAAAGAAAAUAGAAGAUAUGUAGAUGGUUUAAUUCACAACGGUGGCUAAUUUUGGUUGAUGAGCUUGUUUUUGUGAUGUGAUUAAAAGCUCACCGUUGGAUGUGAAUAGUUAAAGCUAAUUUCCCCCUUUUGAUCCGCGACGCCCAAAUGGAAAACCCGACCCGAUUUGGGGCUGUUGUCCUAUUAACUGCACACUCUGUCUGCUUCAUCCCAAUGUAAUUUCCUGCUCUCUUAGCUUAAACAAAUUUAAUUAAAAAUAUAUUACUGCUA